AUGGCGACACAAGCAGAACAUGCGACAAAUGGAAUCAAAAGAAGUUUUGGGUGCUCAAGAGCGAAGAAAGGAAUCUCAUCCAAUGCCAUUGUGUAUAAUACUUUAACAGGUGUUUUUUGUAUUUCCAACCAAGUUGAAGAAGCUGAAGGUCUCUUUGCUGAGAUGAAAUCAAAAGGCACAGCUGCCUGCCACCUUCAAUACUCUAAUGGGUGCACCCAGCAGAAAGUUGCAGCCUAA